UAUUUUGCCUUUAUCUUCCAGUAGAUAGAUAGAUCACUUACAUUCUCAGUAUGGAGAUUACAGAGUUCAACACUAUUCCACAGGUGCACUCACACGUAACAGACAACAAUCAGUAUAAGGUAUAAACUGUACAAAUUACAGUGCAAAGUAUAAUAACCAAGAACAGAUAGGGCAAAGACAAGAGACACUUUGAGCUGAAUUAGUGAACAUGUGAGAGGUGAGAGUGGUGAUGGUAUGAACAUAUCUAAAUGUGUUUAAAACAUGUGACUGCUGUUGCUGAAGAGAGAUAUUCUGUCUGGAGGUCAGUGUCAUUGUUUGACACUGAGCAGGAAGGGAUAUCAAACCCUACGCAACUAGAGCAACCAGGGAUGUGGUCAACUGCAAUAACCAUCACCCGCCUACCCCCGUAACCAUAGACUGAUCAUAAAGAUGGAAGAUGCAUCUUCCCUUCCUCCCACUACCCAGAAAUGAAGCCAAAAAUAUAUCAGAAACAAUACUUUACCAUCGUCGGCCAAUUGAGGGUUUAGAGUCUGUGCAGUUGUAUUGGAGUCGUGGUAUCAAGACCAUGACAAAUUGCGAUUCAGUCCCAGCUGUCAGUCAUCAAAAUGCUUUGGCUUCACUUUUGAGGAGCCGUCAUGUCCUCCAUCUAUUUAUAUACAGUCUAUUGCAUCAACAGCCAGCCACACCAUGACUCUAGGAAACCCAAAGACCCAAUAGUUGACAUCCUGCAUUUUAAACAGAACAACUUUUAAGAUAGAUAACAAUCAUUUGAGGUUCUAGUGUAUCUAGUAUAGGUUAGAACGAAAGAAGCCGUUUGGAGGAGAGAUGUCUUCAAGAAACAACCAAAUCCUGUUGCCAAUGCAAAUAUGUACAACCCCUUAAGGCUGGACUAUGUUAUGACAAAUCGGCACUUUGUGAAAGAAGGUAUCGGACCUGACAGGACGCUGCCUGCAGGCACUGUGUGGAUCUGCGGUCAGGACUUAAAGAACUCCCUCUGUUGCUCCAUUCUCCUGUAAACUAGGCCGCUGUCACACUUUAAUCUGGAACAAUCCAUCCAGUCCCAAAGGAUCACUUCUUCUAAAAGGCUUCCUUUUUGUACGAACACUUACAACAUAGCAUACAUUGUGUGUUUACUGCACUAAUUAAAGUAUUUUUAGCUUCCUAUUUUUGAAUGGUGUGUUUAUAAUAGCCUUAGGCUAUAAUGAGAUUGGCAUAUAUAUAUAAUCCCAGUGGUUGUGUGAGGUUCCUUACAUGCUCGGUUAGAGUCAGAACCAAGACUUCAAAUGUAUUUUCCAUUAAACAUGUGGCAUUUAAAAACUGAAGGGAAGCCUAAUGUGUCCUGGCGAUGAGAGAGCAGAGGCCCAUUGUUGCUGGUUUCCUGUUGUUCAGGUUGGCCUUGUUGUGCUCGGACUGGGAGAAGGGUCAAAGCCUCCAAACCAAAACAUGACAGAGCCCCUGCUGCUGCCACUUCCUCUCUCUCGUGCGCUGCCCACUGCUCACUAUUUGCUAAUAAAGCCUGUAUCCUAUAGACAUGGCAUUUGUAGAGUAUCAGAUAUCUGGCAAAGUAAAAACAGUUAGCCAAACCAAUGUUAAAAAGUAUAUUAAACGUAGAUCUAGUAAGUUUGUCUAGAACUAUAUGCCUGUUUUUCCAGAAAAAUAACUAUAGUUUGUUUGCAUCAAUUUUCACAUAAAGUGAUGCAGAUACACCAGGAGUGAUAACAGUUCUCACAUUUCGGGCCUACUUCACUAUGCAGUGGAAAGAGUUAGGAAUGACAGAACAGGUCUGUAGGGUUUGGAUGAACUAUUUUAACCUUUCAGGAGCAUAAAGUCUGCACUGCUAUGGAUAGAGACGAGAAAACGCUGUCACAGCUGACCUUUUCUGUCAUUGCAGGAAAAGCAGAGGUGUUACUGAUAAUGAUAACCAUUGAUUGGAGUUCCGAUCAAUAGCCGUGGCAGUGAGACAGAGAGCCUGUGCCUUUCCUGUCGUGACUUGACAAGAUCUCUUUUGUGGAAUAAAAGCUACACUUCACUCAUUACGACAAUUAUAGGCCUGGGUGUGUGAGUUUGGUCAUUUGAGAAACCUAUGCAGCCCAAGUUGUAUGUGGUUUGGAUCCUAGUAAGGAAGAUAUGGGCUGACAAAGUUUGAAUUUUUAAGUGGGACUUUGACUUUAACUGGAGAUAUCUUUCUUGAUGUAGGUCACAGAAAAAAGCUUCUCAUAUUGUUUUUAUGUUGUUAAAAAUACAACCAUCUUUGUGAGAUGUGUUUGAGACAUCAGGACUUGAAGUGGCAUCCAAACCAAAAACCAAACUUUCUUAAAAAUGGCAACAUUGGUUUGUUAAUAACAACAAAACUACACCACAGAAACAACCCAAUGUUUAAUCAGGGCCAUAGGGGUGUGACUCAUUGUGUCUCCUAGGUCUGUCUUGGUUACCUACUAUUUUUGUGAAUGCUGUUGUUCCUCCAGUAAUGGGGCUGUGAUAUCAGCCAAGUCUGAACCAAGGGCAUAUUUUGCUCUAUUUUGGGUGAGAACAUGUUGUCCAUGUUCUGCAGUCAUUGCCAAAAAUUUGUAUUUCUCAAUAGUUGGCAUACAAAAUACAUUUCUGCUGCAUUAACGAACAAAAGGAGGUUUUACAUCAAUUCAGUUAAACACAAAAAAGUCCAACUAAGGCACUUAUUAAGCCGUUUUCAGAUCUACGGUUAAAGUGCGGAGAAUUGGCUACAGAGUUUACCUGGAGUUUGCCUCUAACGCAUGCACAACGCAGCGGGAGGUUAUCUGCACAGACACGUAAUGACAGCAACAAAUCCUCCAUAUUAUUUAGGUGAGAGGUGGAGCAGCCGGGUCCAGCAGACAGAGGCAGGAAGAGACAUAUUAACUCUGCUACGGAGAUCAGGUGAUCAUGUUUACAGUACCCUGACACCGUCCUAAUCUCUUAUCACCACAAACUCUCUUGACAUGUUCCUCUUUGUCUUCUAUGUGUUUUACGCAGAUAUUUUCCUUUUGUUUUUUCAACUUUUAAUCAAUAAAUUGAUUGAUAAUUACAAUGAUAAUGAAUGAUGAUGACCUGACUGCUAUUAUGUGUGAAAAGCAAAUGUACAUUUGAGCAUUGGAAGGGAAACCCCUACAGUGAUGACCCUGUUAUCAUCUCAUAAUCUCAUGUUUAUGUUUCUGUCAAUGUCUGCUGUAGUCUGCCCAUAAGGGCGAAAGUCACAGGGAGUUGCUGGCUGAACAGCCAAUAGCGAAAUAGCACAUGGUCACAGGGAGAAGUCAACCCGGCUCGGGUUGUCGUUGGCCUUGCAGUGCUCUUAAAAGACGCAUGGGAGGGAUGAGAGGGAGAGGAAAGACACAUUAACUCUUAGUAGAAUCGGUUAUGGCAAGGUUGACACACAGAGGCUGACAGACAGAGGGGAAGAGCUACACUGACGGACAGCGAGGGGGAGAACAAAACCAAUUGGAAAAAGAUCAUCUCUGUCAUCCGUCCCGCCCUUUCUCUCAUUUUGUCUCUUUUUCUCCAUGCUCUCAUUGUUUACGUGGAAGAGAGGAGACAGACACGGACAGAGACUUGAACUCAGAAGCUGUCAUGGACACCAAGGCAGUGUUCGUGGCCCUGUACAGCGUGUGCGAAGAAAAUGCCACUUUCUUCUCGGGAGGAGCCAAGGGAGCGCAGGGCGAUGCGGCGCGGCGACUAGUGGAUACGAUGAACCUGAUCCAGGAGCACGCUCGCAGUCUGGAGCCGGUCAUCUCUGGCUUCGCUUUAGUUUACCAUCAUUUUGAUUUUGACCCACACAUACCUGCUAACGGCUAUCGUUCACUGGUCAAGGUGGUGCGUUGCUGCAUCCUCCACAUCAUCCACAAGGGGCGCUACAUCUCAGCCAAUCGCCGCAGCAUCUUUUUCCGAGUAGCGCACAAUGCAGGAGAGAUGGAGGCGUACUGCAGCGCCCUAUGUCAGCUGCGUGCCCUGCUCUACUUGGCUCAGCGCAUGCUACAUGACAACAGCUUUGGCAACCUGUUUUUCCAGGACGAAAGUGGCCUCAGCGAGAGCUUUGUUCGCGAGUACGCCUCUAUGCAUAAGGGCUGCUUCUAUGGCCGAUGUCUGGGCUUUCAGUUUACUCCAUCCAUCCGACCCUGCCUCCAGACCAUUGCUAUCGGCCUUGUGGCCUUUGGAGAGAACUACAAGCGCCAUCAGUCAGGAAUAGGGGUGGCAGCCAGCUCGCUCUUUACCUCAGGGAAGUACGCCAUUGACCCUGAGUUGAGAGGGGCGGAAUUUGAACGCAUCACCCAGAACCUGGACGUCCACUUUUGGAAGAGCUUCUGGAACAUUACUGAGACUGAACUCCCGUCGAGUUUGGCCAGUAUGACAUCCACUCAAGUUAAGGUGAACCGGCCGCUUUCUGUGCCCCCUCUGCCCUUUGACCUUCCCUUGGCGGCCAACCCCAGUGCAUCUGUAACUAUUUCUCCACCGUCUGCGCACAUUGGCACUGCUCCGGUUCAGAUGAGGCUCAUCUCUUAUGACCUGCGUGAAGGACAGGACAGUGAAGCCCUGCUAGCUCUCUCACGCUCUGAGGGAGGCUCCAUCUCUCUGUCGCUGGGGUUGAAGGCCAAGCGACUCCCCCCUUCUCCUUGCUUGCUAAUCCACUUCCAUGGGGGAGGCUUUGUGGCCCAGACAUCCAAGUCCCAUGAGCCCUAUCUGAAGAGUUGGUCCCAGGACCUUGGUGUACCCAUCUUGUCAAUUGACUACUCCCUGGCCCCUGAGGCCCCCUUCCCGAGGGCCUUGGAGGAGUGCUUCUAUUCAUACUGCUGGGCUCUGAAAAAUCACCACCUACUGGGAUGGACUGGAGAGAAAGUGUGUCUGGCUGGGGAUAGUGCAGGAGGCAAUUUGUGUCUGACUAUGUCGAUGCGAGCGGCUGCCUUUGGUGUUCGAAUGCCAGAUGGCAUCAUGGCAGCCUACCCAGCUACCCUGCUGACUGCCUACGCAUCUCCCUCCCGUCUGCUUUCACUGAUGGAUCCCCUGCUUCCACUCAGUGUGCUCUCCAGGUGUCUCAGUGCCUACGCAGGCGACAAGCCAGAGACUGAGAAGCAGGUAGAGAAAGUGAGCACACUGAGCCUGGUGAGGAGGGACACGGCGCUGAUGCUGCGAGAUUUCCGACAGGGGGCCUCCAACUGGAUCCACUCUCUGCUGGAUCACAACAGAGCCCCAGCUCCUCCCAGCACAGCUGCAGAGGCGCCACCAGGAGCCACUGAUGCAGUGAGGAAGAGCAUUUCAGAGGCGUCCAUCUCUUCCCCUCACGCCGACCCCCCUGUGGCCUCAGGACCCUCAGAGAUCCUCACCAGGAAAUUAUCUGUGAAGAGCCAGACAUGCCAGGACUUGGGAUCUCACAGCAGCUCCACUUUGCACAGCGCACCACUGCUGUCUGAGCGCACGCCAGAAGAGGUGAAUUUCUUCCUCUGCAAGGAUCUGGAUCCCUCAAUGUCAACUGACCUGUCUUCAGUGGCCAUACCACCACCUGCUGGAGAGGAGGGAUCAGAGCCGGGGUACCCCAGGGAGUUCCCCCUGGGGUUCGAACCUCUGCGUUCAGAGCAGCUGGCUGAGAUGAAGUUGAAUAGUUCUCCGGUGGUCAAGGAUCCUUACUGCUCGCCUCUUCUGGCCCCUGAUAGCAUGUUGACAGGCCUGCCACCUGUACAUAUCGUGGCUUGUGCAUUAGACCCCAUGCUGGAUGACUCUGUGAUGUUUGCCAAGCGUUUGAGGAACCUGGACCGGCCCGUCACUCUGUGUGUGGUGGACGACCUCCCCCACGGCUUCCUCAGCCUAUCGCAGCUCUCCAAGGAGACAAGAGAGGCAGCCAACGUCUGUGUGGAGCGUAUCCGCGCCGUCUUCACCCAGAAGGACACCCCCCCCGAGCCUCGCAAGCACCGAAAGCUGGAGCGGACCGAUAGGGAUGUGUCGGCCUCUUCUGGGGAAGGCGCCUCUCUCUUUGCUGGCCCCAUCAAGGAGGAGGAGCAGGAUGUCGGGCGUGGGGUCAAAAUUGCUGAUGGGGAGGGCUUAGUUACAGUGGCAGCUCAGAAUGGCACUGAUGCUGGCGGUAUUGGGGCUUAAAUAAGGAUAGAUACAAAAAAAACAGGAAGAAAGAAUAAAUGAAAGUCAGACCAAUGUAGGCAGUGCAGUGCCUAAAAGGACGAGAGAGAAAUUAUUCUACGAACAAGAAAAGAGGGAAGUGGGUAGUGAAGGAGACUGUCCGGUUUUCAACACAGAAAUCCUCCUCUGCCACUUGUCUGUGCAUCAACGCAAAUCUGGCAGACAAAAACAAUGAACACGCCCACUAAAGACACUCCUGUUAAAGAAUCCCUAAUGGUGAUUUAAAAGCCACUUAGAUCAAAGAGCAGCGCUCACCCACACAUGUAGCACACAUAAUUACGAGCUGCUGUCAGGCAGCUCGGGCUUAAAGAAGCGCGGAAGAUUCUUGAGACGAAGCCUGAACGGGUGAAUCAUCCAGGCCGACGCAGUCAUUUCAGGCCCUAAUCAGACGGUGGUGGGCGCACGAUGUGCUCCUGUAUAGAGUCAUCGCUGUAAAAAAUGGCCACCUGUCCUUUAGGCGGCCACUCUAACUCACACUUAAUAAGUCUCUGCUGUGUUCCUCAUUACGUCGGUUUGGCAGCCGAUUGGGAUAACAACUCUGCACACUCUCUCUCAAAUAGAAUUAAAAAGGUAAAAUGUAACAAGAAAAGCCCCAAACUGGAGGAAUUGAUCUACCUGCAUCUUUAGAUUCUGGUGCAGUUUUAAAUCAUAUUAUUAACCCUAAUGCAGUAGUUUUACUUUUGUUAUUUAUAUCUUUUUUUGUAUUGCAGUAUAAUCAGAAUCCUGACGGGUUCACAUGUUGAAUUGUGCGUUAUAUUGUUUGUUUGAUAUAAUCUUAUGCUGUUUAUUCCACAUCGUUUAAUGUGUUUGAUAUUUACCUCUGCCUCUUUAGCCACUGCUGCUCCGACAUCCCGGGACUGUCCAGUUCAACUCGUACCUUGUUAUCAUUAAUGCAUACUGAUGGUAUAGAGCACAUGUAGAAUAUUCCACAUCAGUCCCCAAUCUAGAUGCUGCCUGGUGCUUUUUGUCGUGCUGAUAUUAUUCAUGCAAAUACUGCAUUUUUUUGAUUGCCAUGGUGGGACUUGUGGCGAUGCAUCUUUUUAAGAACACAAGUCAGGCUUAAAAACUUGGGUCACAUCUAUGGGAAUCUUUAAAGACCCUCAUCCGCAAUCACUGCUGUGAGCUGCCUGAAAGAGGCUAAAUGUUUUUAUUUUUAUUUUUGAAGGCGGCUGCUCGAUCUGCUCUCUGCAGAACUGAAGUGAGGGAGGGAGGUGGGCAGUGAAAAAAGCUCAGCCCUCAGCCACCAAUACAUAUUGUAAACCUCACUGCACUGACUUUUCUCCCAGGUUGUUCCUGUUCCUCUCCAGAUGUUAUUACUCAAUACUUUUCUGCACCGUAUGCACUGUGGCGAAGUAGCACUUCUCUCCAGGAUUUCCUGCCUGACAACCGCUUUCCACAGAUCAGAUGCUUCUAGGGAACGCUCCCGGACACUGACCGAGGGAAAGAGAUUGUUAGCGUGCUGUGUAAAUGCCACAUACGUUGUGUCUGGUCAGCUGAAGGUGCUGCCAGUGGAGGUCCAGACUCUCUUCUCUGCUUUCCACCAUCGCAUUUGGGAUUGACUUUGUUUUCAAUAACCCAAGGACUCUCCUCAGAGCGAGAUGCCACUCAAGCCCUUUGAAGUGCACUAAAAUGUCCUUCGCAGGGUCAAUCCCUCUAUCGGGUCCAACUAAAUAUAGAUGCCAACAAUGCUGGCACUGUCCUGCCCUUGCGUGGUGACGGGGCUGGGGUUGCCAGGUCUGUGGAGAGAGAUGCUGUGUGAUGAAUAGGAUUUAGCCAGAGCUCUCGGGUACAAAAUCCUCCCUCCUGUAGAAGAGCAGGGUUUUCAGCAGCAAAGUCAUGCUACAGGAUUAGGCCCUGCUCAGUUCUGUCAGCUCCGAGUACUUACCGCAAUAUUUUUAGUCAGAUUGAUGCAGAGAACCAGGGCCGUGAAGAGGAAGAAAGCAAUACACUCAUUCUCUCAGAUGAGCUGGGCUGAAGUUUGCUUCGCGAGCUGCGGUUCAUGCUCGCUCUGCACUUUCGCAGUAGUUUGCUCUGGCAAUCCACAAAGUGUAUUUAAGCUUAAACUUGUAAACACGUCGUUUUCAUUAUUCUGUUUUUCCCUCCUUUGCUUGGUUCCUGUGAGGGCGGCUCGAGUGAAGUCGGCACAAGCGAAUUAGUCUCUGUAGAAACGUGAGCUCACACUCGGGCACGUCCUCUUUGUUUGUGUCGUUUGGAAAUGGCCCCUCACAGACGAGACUGUUACCUGAAUAAAUCAUCUAGGGUUGUUUGGAGGAGUCGGACCUCUGGCACAGCAGGUUCAGUUUGUGAUUUAAGUAAAUAGACUGAACUGAAAGAUCCAGCACAUAUGGAGGGACGAGCAGGUUUGAUCGAUCAUCAGCACUUUUUAUAUACGAAGAAACGAAAUUUGUGUCAAAUGAAUUCACUGUCUGUGUUUUGACCUUCAUGUGACUCCUUAAAAUGCGUUGGGCUAAGCUGCGUGUCGCUGACGGACCAGAGCCCUUGUGGCAGUUUAUGGACUGAAGAGUUCGUCAGCGAUUCAUUUAGUUCUCCCAUCCCAGACAUGAUUGUGGCUCCGCUGGUGCUCACGUGCUGCCAGCCACUACGAGCUGAAAUGUCUGAUUCAGUCCUGUUUCAAUCAGUGUUGCUGCUUCACAGUCUGUGUGAGAAUAAUGCACAGGGCAUCUUUACAAUCCCAAAUCCUCCCUGUUAGUACCCAGCUAGUUUCAGUGUUUCGAUUUGUACUGUAUACCUCUACUGUUGUUGUUUUUUACUCUUGGAAAGCUGCUCUGACCAGAGAUUUUCUUUGCCCAGAGUUGAUUUUCAAUGAAGUGCAAUGAAAAAGGCAACGCUGCUGCAACCUUGAACUGGUUGGUUCAACCUGUAGGUCAACAUUCACAGCUGCACACCAGCACCACUCUACUUUUCAUGUUGAUUGGUUGUUUCUUGUUAUACAAUGUGUUUGAAUCACCUCAAGUUUAAACGUCAUAUUUAGCAACUUACAUAUCAUGUCCUGUUGUAGAUUUAACAAGAUUCCUCGAAGCUUGAUUAUUUUUACAGAUGACCUCGACCACUUCUCAGAAAUGUUUCCUAAUGACAAACCCUCAAUUCAAUAAGAUAAGUUUCAUUUCGGGUUCGUUUCGGGCAGAACCAAAGAUCUUGUAACUCGUGUUAUGUUCUGUCCUUGCUGUUCACUGGUAUUUAAAUGCAGGUGCUAGUCGAUGCCAUCAUCUAACUGCUGCCCAUAUGCAAAUUGCUCUGCACUGUAAAAUGCAAUGCUUACUUAUAACAAGAUUAUGCUUUCAAAAAAACAAGCCAUAGACUGGAACCUAAGUUGUUAUAGAGUUUAUUUUGUACUUUUUUUAUUUUCAUUUAUUGAAAACACAAGUGCAAACCUGUGAAAAAAAAAGAAUGUAUAUUAUAUGAUCAAUGUAGAUCUUUUUACUUUCAGAUUUGUUGAUCAGGUUGAUUGCAGAUUUAUUGUUUUUUUUUUUUUUUGGACUGCAUUUUCUUUGCAGAUUUCAUACCAGUGUUUGUCUGAGCCAUUAGUAGGCUUGAUUCUCCCUCUGUUGAUUUUUAUCUAAAUAAAUAUAUUCUCCCAU